AUGAGUAAAGAUAAAGAACUUGGUAUAGGUCAUUCUGAACAAAGAAAAUUCAUUUGUGGUUUAUUAUUUUCAAAUCCAAUUAAAACAGAAGAUGUUGGAGAUGAACUUGAAGGAGUAAGAUAUAAUGCACCAAAUUUUAAUAAUGACACUACAACAGGACGUGGUGUUGAAGAAACAUUCGUCCACGACGAAAUAAACACUGGUGAUAAAUACAGAACAAACUCAAGCUUCAAUUGA